AACAUCGUCUUCAGCUACUCUCCUUCUCUGUCUCGUUCUCGCCCGAUGUUAUUUUUGCCAAAACCGGUCUCUCUUUUAGUCUGAAUCUUCAACCUAUGGCGGAGAAAACCCACAAAACCCUAGUUCUCUUGUCGAAGUUGGUAAAGGUUCCUCCAUUGAAAGCCGUCUCUCUCUUCAAUUCGUCGAUUUCUUAUGGAUUUCAGCACACCCACGAAUCAUUCUCGCUUCUUCUUCGCCUCCUUCUCUGUCGGAACUUGCUCUCUCACGCGCAGUCGCUUUUACUACAAGUAAUCUCGGGGAGAAUCCAGUUCUUGGACUUAACUUCUUCGUCUCUUCUACGGUAUUUGACAGAAACAGAAGGAUCGAGUACCAGGGUUCGUCUCUACGAGGUAAUCGUUAAUGCUUAUGUCCACUCUCAGUCGCUGGACGAUGCUGUGUUUUACUUCAAGGAGAUGGUUGGUGAGGGUCUUGUCCCCGAAUCGAACUGCUUUAACAACCUUCUGGGUUUCGUCGUUAGAUCAUGCUCUUUCGACAAGGCGUGGUCUUUUUUCAACGAGAACAAGUGUAGAGUUGAUUUGGAUGCGCAUAGCUUUGGGAUUGUUAUCAAAGGCUGCUGCAACGCCGGCGAAUUAGGGAAGAGUUUUGAGCUUCUCGUUGAACUAGAACAUUGUGGUUUGUGCCCUAAUGUUGUUAUUUACACUACGUUGAUUGAUGGGUGUUGCAAGAAAGGAGAAAUCUCGAAGGCGAAGGAUUUGUUUUCUCAGAUGAAGAAGAUUGGAUUGGUGGCUAAUGAGCACACUUACACAGCCUUGAUUCAUGGGUUAUUCAAGAACGGGUUUAAGAAAGAAGGAUUUGAAUUGUGCAAGAAAAUGCAGGCAGACAGCGUCUUGCCCAAUCUGUAUACAUAUAAUUGCGUGAUAAGUGAACUGUGCAAGGAUGGAAGAACUAGAGAAGCAUUUAAAGUGUUCGAGGAGAUGCGUGAGAGAGGGAUCACAUGUAAUGUCGUUACUUACAACACUCUGAUACUCGGGUUGUGUGGAGAGAAGAGAGUGUUUGAAGCCAAGAGGUUUGUGAAUCAAAUGAAGAAUGCUGGGAUAAUUCCGAACUUGAUCACUUAUAACACUUUGUUAGAUGGGUUCUGUAGCGUAGGCGAGCUGGCAAAGGCGUUGAGUUUAUUCAAAGAUUUGAAAUCGAGUGGUAUGUCUCCAUCCCUCGUCACUUACAAUGUUCUCAUUUCAGGGUUUUGUAAAGCAGGAGACCCCAAAGGAGCAGCCAAUCUGGUUAAGGAGAUGGAAGAGAGAGGGAUAAAACCAUCAGAAGUAACAUACACGAUAUUGAUAGGCACAUUUGCUCGAUCAGGUGACAUGGAGAAAGCGAUUCAGUUACACUCGUCGAUGGAGAAUUCAGGAUUAUGCCCGGAUGUCCAUACUUUCGGUGUAUUGAUUCACGGGUUUUGCAUUAAAGGCCAGAUGAACGAAGCUUCCAGGCUCUUUAUGUCGAUGUGUGACAGGAAGGUGAAACCAAAUGGCAUCAUAUACAACAAGAUGAUUCUCGGGUAUUGCAGAGAGGGUAGUUCUUAUAGAGCAUUGAGGCUGCUGAGGGAGAUGGAAGAGAAGGUAUUUGUCCCGAACAUUGCUAGCUAUAGUUCAACGAUCGGAGUUCUUUGCAGAGAAAGGAAAUGGCAGGAGGCCGAGGGUUUGGUUGAAAAGAUGAUUGCUUCAUCAAUGGAUCCGUCUGUUUCAAUCUAUAAUAUGAUCUCUAGAGCCAAAAACCACCCGGACAUCUAAUCUCAAGCAAGCAAGCAAGCAAUCAUUCUAUUAUUGGACGGCAGUGCCUUCUGUCUCUGAAAAGACUCUCUGCUUCAAAUGGCGGGUUUUGGAACGGAAGCUAGAUUUCGAAGCGAGUCACGAAACGGGCUGGAUCAAUGUAAGUGUGUUUCUCCUCGUAGAGUAUCGUUCCCCUGCAUAUUCAGGUCCCGGAAACAUUCUAUGCAGCUUUCAAGAUGCGUGAGGGUCGAUGAAAGGGAGAAAUAUGGAGUAAUUAGGAGUAACCAUUUGGGUUUCGGUUCAGUAUAGAAAAACUAUAACCUCGGUUUUUAUAUUAAUUUCAAAUCGGUUCGUUUUUAUU